AUGAUAACCUCAAAUGAAAAUAUAAAUAUAAAUAAAAAUCCAAUGACUACCAUUAAUUGGAGAAAAAUAAAAAACACGGUAUCAGAACGUAUGAUAGAUCGUUCAUUAGCACAUAAAUUUAUAAUUCCUGAUGAUAAUUUCAAACAAAUGAAAAUCAAGACUAUAAUUUUUAAUAGAUUAUUACAAAGUCGAUGUUAUACUUAUAAAAGAUAUGUUCAGUUAAAGAAAUCUAUGAUUAAAAUUAUUUCUGAAGAGAAGGAUAUUGAAAGUUUAAAUGAUAUUGAUCAUAUUUUUGAUAAAUUUAUGCUACCAAUUGCUAAUGAUGAUAUUGAUUCGGAUAUUGAUAAUAAUAAUUAUAAUUCAGACCAAUCAAAUAAUUCAUUAGAUAAUAAUAAUAAGGAUAGAGAGUUAAAUGAGAUUGAUGAAUCAGCUAACAUCAACGACCUAAAUAAAGACAGAAUAAUUUAUUCAAAUCAAAAUUUAAACCAUCAAUUAGCUACAGAACAACUUAAUAGCAAUAAUGAUAAUAAUAAUACUAACAAUGCCGAUUAUGAGCAUGAAAUAUUUCAUGAAAGUGAUGAUGAUGGAAAUGCAAGUGAUUCGAAAAAGGAGUAUGAUGAACAAGAAUCAUUAGUAACAACAAAAUUAAAAUCUGAUUCAGAAGGUGACAUUAAUAACAAAUAUUCACCAAUAAUUCAUAAUGAUGCUGAUGAUGAUAAUAAUGAUGAUAAUGUUGAUGAUAAUAAUGAUGAAAGUAUAGGCGAUUUUGUGAAGCAGUAUGAUGAAAAAGAAUUAUUAGUAACAACAAAAUCAAAAUCUGAUUCAGAAGAUGACAUUAAUAACAAAUAUUCACCAUUAAUUCAUAAUGAUGCUAAUGAUGAUGAUUUUAAUGAUGAUGAUGAUAAUGAUGGAAAUGCAGGCGAUUCUAUGAAGCAGUAUGAUGAAAAAGAAUUAUUAGUAACAACAAAAUCAAAAUCUGAUUCAGAAGGUGACAUUAAUAACAAAUAUUCACCAUUAAUUCAUAAUGAUGCUAAUGAUGAUGAUUUUGAUGAUGAUGAUGAUAAUGAUGGAAAUGUAGGCGAUUCUAUGAAGCAGUAUGAUGAAAAAGAAUUAUUAGUAACAACAAAAUCAAAAUCUGAUUCAGAAGGUGACAUUAAUAACAAAUAUUCAUCAUUAAUUCAUAAUGAUGCUGAUGAUAAUGAUGAUCAAAAUGAUGAUGAUGAUGAUAAUAAACAAAGCUCAACAUCAGGAAAAAAUAAAACACAAGUAAAAAUAACAAACUAUGAGGUAGUAACUUCAAAGUAUACUAUUAUAAAAGAUAAAAAUAAAAUAGUAGAUUACCGAAACUUGAAAAAUGCUAAUAAACAAUCAUUAAGCAUUAAUAAUAAUUUUAAUAGUGUAAUUAGUUCACCACAUUCUUCUAGUGAUAAUGACGAUGAUGAUGACAUUAAUCAGGAUAAUUUAAAUGAUUAUCACUUGAAAGAAAAAAGAAAAUUUGAAAUACAUAAUAAUAAUAAAUCUUAUGGACCAUCAUUAAUAGCAACUCCAAGAGUUAGUGAGUCAUUAGAAUAUGUAUUAAAAAAUUUACCUUUUCGUGAAUAUUAUUCACAGCCAAAGGAGAAUGAUGAUUUGUCAUCGAGUUAUAUAAAUAAUAAUAGUGAAAUCAGUGAUCACAAUAUAGAUGAUUAUAUUGAAGAUGAAUUAAAGUCGAAGCGCCCUACAGAUGUUGAUAGUUUUGCUAUAAGUAGAAAAUUAAUAACUUUGAGUUCAACACAGUCGUCUUGUACGUGUGAAGAUCUGAAUGAAGAUGACGAAAUUUUAGUAAUGGAUAUUCCCAAGUCUAUUAUUGAUAAAGGAAAUUUGGAAGGACAAUCAAUGAAACUUAAAAAACGAUCUAUAAAAAUAGGUGAUACUCGUUAUAAAAUAAGUAUAAAAGACAAUGAUGAAUUUACUUGUGUUUUUCGAGUUAAUAAUCAAGAUGAUUUGUAUAAAAUAGAGAAUAUUCAACCAAUAAAAUCAAUUGUUAUUCAAGAGCCUCAAUGUGCUCCAGACAAACGAGACAGUUUUUAUCAAGAUGAUAAUGACAUUGUUAAAGACAUCGAAGAUACAAUACCUUUUCCAAACAAUUUAAAAACAAGAAACCCUCUAUUGAUCGAUCAUCAACAAAUUAUUGAAUUAAAACAUAGUAAAAGAAAAGAAAAUAAUAGUUUGCAAAAUGAUUUAGUCAAGUUCAAGAAAGUGAAAAUAUUGUAAUAACAAGUAUGGUUAUUAUUUUUAAAUUUAUGAAAAUUGUAUUAAUAAUAAAACAAAUAAUGAUUAAGUUUA